AUGGUGUUGAAGGACUCAAUUGAAGAGAUGUUUCCUAAAUGGUCGGGUGAACCUGACGACCCACAACUCGUUAGCUUGAUAACAGACAUACAUGCAGGUAGAUUUGUGAAAGAUUUUAGGGAAGUUUAUGGGAAUACGCAGGGUAAUGCGCAGGGGAAGAGGAAUGAGAAGAAGAAGAAAAUGAAGGGUGGAGUUUCGUCAGAAGGUGAGCCACCCACUAAGAAGCAGAAGAAAGUUAAGACACAGAAUGAGUCUGAAGCUACUGCAGCGGGAAAGGGUUCUAGCGAGAAGGAAGGUAGCAAAGAUUUGGAGUUGGAGAACAAAGUGACUCUAACGACCAUUGUGAGUACUUUGGAUAAUAUUUCCAAGAAAUUUGAGCAGUUUGACUCACGGUUGGAAGCUUACGAGUUAGACCGGAACAAACCAUUGAUGGACCAAAAGACCAUUGAUGACAGGGUGAAAGCUUUACUGGAGGAGCAUCUGAAAGUUCUGGGAGUUGGGAAAAUUCCCGAAAACAAUGAUAACCCCUCUCCACCAUCAGCAGAUAAAGCUUUAUCGUUCGCAUCACCACGGGUUACAACGCAGCAGAACUCUGUCAAUAGUCCAGCGUUAGCUGCGACUCCUGGUAAGGUUUUUGGACCGAAAAAGAAUUUGGCGAAGGAGCUUGAUAAGGAAUCAGGGGUGAAAUGGACUUUGGCUGAGGAGUUUGGUAGUGUCGCUAAAGCUACUGAUCUUGAUAGUCAACAUAUUGAUUUCGUAUUAGUUUCUCCUUCAAAGGCUACUAAGGAUGAUAAGGAUGCUAAGGUUCCAGACUAUGGACGCGGCUGCAGGGGAAAGCGUACUGUUAAGGGUGAGGAAGCCGAUGAGAAGAAAAAAGCAGCACAGGCAGAUGCUGCGUUUAAGAGGAAGGAGAAGGCUGAGGCUAAGAAAAAAGCGGCUGAGGCUACUAAGGAUGAUAAGGAUGCUAAGGUUCCAGACUAUGGACGCGGCUGCAGGGGAAAGCGUACUGUUAAGGGUGAGGAAGCCGAUGAGAAGAAAAAAGCAGCACAGGCAGAUGCUGCGUUUAAGAGGAAGGAGAAGGCUGAGGCUAAGAAAAAAGCGGCUGAGGCUGAGUCAAAGAACAAAGAGGUGACUCCAUAUGGAGAGGACAGUGUAUUUGCUUAUGUGACUGACGCAGUUGUUCGGGAAGAGAACGAAUUUGCGCUGGAGUCUGAUGUCGAGAAUCAGGAAGUGAUUAGAUCUGCCGUAGAUGGAACGACGUGCAUGAGGAAGAAUGUUACUCCUUCAUCAGUAAUAUAUGACCCUCUAGCACCUGUUGAUCUGGUGCUAUUGGAAAAACUGAUGCAACACAUUAAGGGAAUUCCACCCAAACCACCAGCACCAGCAGAUAAACCAGCAGUCCUCUCCGCUGUUCAUGAGGGUGACUUCUACAGCAUACUCAUCCAUGAAAGACCGUGGCCGGAAAAGGAAUAUGGAUGGGUGUUUGAUAAUUUCAAGAUAAAACCUAGUAUGUUCAAUAUCAAAGGCAAUGGUUAUAAAGAUAUGUUAAAGGGUAAGCUUCCCGAUCACUAUCCAACAAACUUGAAGUGGUAUGAAGAUGUGGAUCACUUGUACGGAUGUCUUCAAACCGGCGGAAAUCACUGGGUUGCGUAUCAUGUGGAUCUGAAGAAGGAGAAGAUUGAUUGCUACGAUCCAAUCUUUGGAGAGGCAACACCCAAAAGUGAGCGGAGAAUUCUAAAUUCAUUUAAACCGCUGACGCACAUGAUUCUGUAUAUGUUGAGUGAUCAUAUUCCUGCCAAUAUCCGAGCCCCUGUUAAGAAGAAGUUCUCAUUCAGAAGAAGGAGCAAAAGAUACACUCCACAAAACACCCAGAUUGGCGACUGUGGGGUGUAUUUGUUGAAGUUUGUGGAGUGUCUAGCGCUUGGUGUAACGUUUGAUGGGAUAAACGAUAAAAAUAUUCAAGGCUUACGGAUGAAGAUGGCAGCAGAGAUCCUAGAUGAAGGAGUAAAUUUUGUGAUGAGCAAUUUGCUGGCUAAUUGA